AUGGAAUUUCCUCUCGAAAUUCUUGACCAGAUUCUUGCUGGAUUGGUGGUAUAUGAACCGCUGAGAAAGGUCCGCGGCAUCACAUCCAUGGAUGAAUGGACAUCAUUCACGUCAACCUCCGGGAAGAGUCUUGUCGAUCCACGCUACAAAGUUGGCUCUGGCCGUUCGAUCAAGUUCAAUCGGGAAAAAUUGCCGAGCACCGGGGGCAGCUUCUCGAGACUGCGCCUGGUCUCUCGCCAAUGGAACUUCUCCGUGUGCAGGAUACUGCAGAAGCAUGCAUGGUGGAAUAUCCCCUUUGACAAUAGGAGCCGCCUUAAACUUUUCAUCCAACUCUGUGAUGCGCCCGAUGGCGGUCCUAGCAGGUGGAUCAGGAAUCUCAGCAUCGACGACCUGGAUGACCUACGCACUUUUUCGCGGCUCUACUCGUACGACUAUGAGAAAUUCGAAGGCCAGGAUGUCGAUGAUGACUACAUUAUCUUGAACUCCUAUGUCGACAAACUCAGGACCGCAGAUUGGUGGACUUCGGCCCCAGCGCGUUUCAAACAUGAGCUACAUUACGGGAAGAGCGACGAACAUGCGCUCCUUCGACGCCUUCUUGACAACGUCAAACGCAUUGAGCGCUUCAGCAUCACUUUUCCCGGGGCCGUGAGCAAACAUGAUCUCAUGGCUCAGUGUUACGAUAUGCAAGGCUUGGAUGAGAUUUUGGCUACAAUCAGAUAUGGCCUCGCCAGCCCGGCUUUCCAGCAUUUGGCAGAUCUCAGCUUAGCGGUGCCUUCUACGUGGCAUGUUGGCCAAUUGGCUGGCGCCUUGUCUCAAGAUGCCAGGGAUCGCCUUAGGCAGCUGCGUUUGGUCAUCGUCGAUGAGACGGGACCGAGUGGAAGCGCAGAAUACACCAGGACGGAGGAGGAGAACAACGAUGGCGAUAGGACGACUAUUCUGGGAUCCGUCGCGCCAAGCAACGCCCAAGUAGCCUAUCCCAACAGAGAACAUCAGGAUGCACUCUGGGCCUUUGUGGCAUCUUGCCCCAACCUCGAGUCCCUUGGCAUCGAGGCGACACACUACCUCAACCUGGACAUUCUGCAGUGGGAAAGUCCCAAAUUCGGGACUAAGAAUCUGCGUAAUCUCUCCCUCCGCCGACUUUGGGCAAACGUACCGUCGCUUCUACAACUGUUGUCGGCUGCCCCGUUAUCGAAACAAGACUCAGUCAUCCGCCGAGUCAACUUGGACGACAUCAAGAUCCACUGGGACGGAGGGAACUGGGAAGAUGUUUUUGCGCAUCUGAGGACGAACUGCCCCGGCCUCGAGCUCUUUCGAGCGGAGCAGCUCACCUACUUUUCCAACCAUCCACGGUACGAGCACAACAACAGGCCGUGGGAGAAUUAUAACGACAUUUGGACAGACGAUUAUGAAGGCGACACCAAUGACAGACUAUUCUUGCGAAUGCUCAACAAGAAUCUGGUCGACAAGAUUGGAACGGUGGAGGAUUAUCCUGUCUCGUUAUACGAUUGGUACGAAUCUGAAAUGGAAGGUGAAUGA